UGUCAUUUUCUGUGUUCCUUCCUAAUGCGCUCUUCCUUCUAUCCUAGGAGUACUGCUUCCGGUAGUUACUGCUCCAGCAUACCAUAGGCUUUCCUUUCAGUCAUCAAUACAUCUUCUGCUUAUUAAGUUCUCAAUUACUCUCCCCAUUCAAAUGUUUCCUGACUAAACCUUGCCUGGUGUAAUAGCAACAAAUCUACAGAGAACUUUAUGGACCAGGGAGAGCUCAGAGGAUCCCAGCCAAGUCUGUAGCUACAGCUUGCAAUCUUAAGAGCAAUCUUCAGGAUAUCUAAGAAACUCACGCUAACACUGCUACCCUAGAGCGCUGAGGAGCACGUGACCAGCAGCUGCCGACUCCGAGGACUAUGGUAGUGUAGAGGGAGGCAAGCAAGCAAAGCCAGAUAAAAUGAGCCAGACCACACACGACAUGGAAGAAGAAACUCCAGAGAAGGUGGAUUCUGCCCAGCAGAAAGAUGCGGACAAGUCACAGGCGGACGAUGAUGCAAGUGAUGGAAGAGAGAAGGCUGAACCGGAAGGGAAUUCCGGGAAGGAAGAUCUGAUGGAAGCCUAUCAGCACCAGGUAGCUGAGGAGAUGGCGAAGGAGAUUAAGAAGAAGAUACGGAAGAAGCUGAGAGAGCAGCUGACUUACUUCCCUUCAGAUACUCUACUGCAUGACGACAAACUGGGCAGUGAGAAGAGGAAGAAGAGGAAGAAGAAAGUCCCGGGCCCACCCAAACCGGAAGCGAGUACAUCAGACGUCUGUGAUAAUACAGUUGAAGGUGAAGAAAAGAAAGAAUGUCCCCUUGAAACUGUUACUUCAGGAUCUCACCGUGAUGAGGAAAAAUGUUCAACAGAACAGAAUGCAGAUAACAGUGUAUCAGAGAAGAAAAAGCCCAAACCCAAAAAGACCAAAAAGAAGACCAAAGCGGUUUCAGUUGAUAAUGAAGAGAUGAACGGUGAUGGUGUCCAUGAAAUAACAAGCCGAGACAGCCCAAUUUACCCCAAAUGUUUGCUUGAUGAUGAUCUUGUCAUGGGAGUUUACAUUCACCGAACUGAUCGGCUUAAAUCAGAUUUCAUGAUUUCUCACCCAAUGGUAAAAAUUCAUGUGGUUGAUGAACAUACCGGUCAGUAUGUCAAGAAAGAUGAUAGUGAACGUCCUGUUUCAUCUUAUUAUGAAAAAGACAAUGUGGACUAUAUUCUUCCUAUCAUGACUCAACCAUAUGACUUUAAAAAGUUAAAAUCAAGACUUCCAGAGUGGGAAGAACAAAUUAUAUUUAAUGAAAAUUUUCCCUAUUUGCUUCGAGAUUUUGAUGAUUGUCCAAAAGUCAUCCUGUUCUUUGAGAUUCUUGACUUUUUAAGCAUGGAUGAAAUUAAAAAUAACACCGAAGUUAAAAACCAAGAAUGUGGCUUUCGGAAAAUUGCCUGGGCAUUUCUUAAGCUCCUGGGAGCCAAUGGAAACGCAAACAUCAAUUCAAAACUUCGUCUUCAGCUCUACUACCCACCUACUAAGCCUCGAUCCCAGUCAAAUGUUGUUGAGAUUUUUGAAUGGUGGUCCAAGUGUCCAAGAAAUCGUUAUCCAUCAACAUUGUACGUAACCGUACGGGGACUGAAAGUUCCAGACUGUAUAAAGCCAUCUUACCGCUCUAUGAUGGCUCUUCAGGAGGAAAAAGGUACACCAGUGUAUUGUGAGCAGCACCGUGAGACAAGUUCAGUAGACACAGAACCUGGACUAGAGGAUUCAAAGGAAGUGGUAAAGUGGAAACGUCUGCCUGGUCAGGCUUGUCGUAUCCCAAACAAGCACCUCUUCUCACUAAAUGCUGGAGAACGAGGGUGUUUCUGUCUUGAUUUCUCCCACAAUGGAAGGAUAUUGGCAACAGCCUGUGCCAGCAGAGAUGGAUAUCCAAUCAUACUCUAUGAAAUUCCUUCUGGACGUUUCAUGAGAGAACUGUGUGGCCAUCUCAAUAUCAUUUACGAUCUGGACUGGUCGAAAGAUGAUCGCUUCCUGGUCACUUCAUCAUCUGAUGGCACGGCCAGGGUUUGGAAGAAUGAAAUAAACAGUACAAGUACAUUCCGAGUCUUACCUCAUCCUUCUUUCGUCUACACGGCCAAGUUCCAUCCAGCGACACGAGAGCUGGUGGCCACAGGAUGCUACGAUUCUAUGAUAAGGAUCUGGAAAAUUGAUAUGAGAGAAAAUGCUCCCGUAUUAGUCCGCCAGCUUGAUGUUCACAAGAGUUUUGUCAACUCUAUCUGUUUUGAUGAUGAAGGUCAUCACAUGUAUUCAGGAGACUGCAUCGGGGUGAUUGUUGUUUGGGACACUUAUGUGAAAGUGAAUGAUUUACAACACUCAGUGCGCCACUGGACAAUCAAUAAGGAAAUUAAGGAAACUGAAUUUAGGGGAGUUCCAAUAAGUCAUUUGGAGGUUCAUCCCAAUGGAAAACGUCUGCUAAUCCACACCAAAGACAGUACACUGAGGAUCAUGGAUCUGCGGAUACUAGCAGCCAGGAAAUUUGUUGGUGCCGCAAAUUAUCGCGAGAAGAUCCAUAGUACCUUCACACCAUGCGGGACUUUUCUCUUUUCUGGGAGUGAGGAUGGAAUAGUGUAUGUUUGGAACCCAGAGACAGGAGAACAAGUAGCAAUGUAUUCAGACCUGCCCUUCAAGUCAACUAUUCGAGACAUAUCCUACCAUCCAUUUGAAAAUAUGGUUGCAUUUUGUGCGUUUGGGCAGAGUGAGCCAGUUCUCCUUUAUGUCUAUGAUUUCCAUGUAGCCCAGCAAGAGGCUGAAAUGUUCAAACGCUAUAAUGGGACACCCCCAUUGCCUGGUAUACAUCAAAGUCAGGAUGCCUUAUGCACCUGUCCUAAACUGCCCCCUCAAGGCUCUUUUCAGAUUGAUGAAUUAGUCAACACUGAAAAUAAUUCAUCAAGGAAGAUUCAGCUUGUGAAGCAGAGGCUCGAGACUGUCACAGAGGUGAUACGAUCCUGUGCUGCAAAAGUCAACAAAAAUCUCUCAGUGACUUCACCACCACCAGGCCCUCCAAAAAAGCCGAGGGUGAAACAGUCAUUUGUGCUGACCACUGAUGAGAUUAUCCAUCAGUUUGGAUUCCCGCAGACCGCAUACAUCAGCAUAGAAAGAAGGCCUUGCAUCCACCAACAAGUAGAUGCACCGCCAACGGUCGUGGCUCUUUAUGACUACACAGCGAGCCGAUCAGAUGAACUAACCAUCCAUCGCGGAGACAUUAUCCGAGUGUUUUUCAAAGAUAAUGAAGACUGGUGGUAUGGCAGCUUAGGGAAGGGGCAGGAAGGCUUCUUUCCAGCUAAUCAUGUGUCUAGUGAAACACUGUAUCGAGAAUCCCCUCCAGAGGUAAAGAUGCGGUCUCCUCCUUUAACACCCAAGGAGAAAAUCAGAGCAGAAAAGUUCCCAGCUUCUCAAAAGGGUGCCCAUGAAGAGGAAACGAAGUCACAAAAGAACUGAGGUGUGUGUGGAAAGGAGGGAGAGAAGGGCAGCCAUGCUCCUUGGCCUUGUGGUGGUGGGGGGCAUUUAUGGGCUGAUUGCACUCCAGCCUUGGGGGCUUUCUGUUGAAAGAUAAAAUGAACCCGCUCACAGAGACUCCUUCUCCCCCUCCUACUGCCUCCAUGACUCACUACCUAUAUGGCGUGCUGCUGCCGAGACCAAGGAAUGAGUGAGUAAAGGUGUUUAGAGGGAAAUAGUAGUCCUAAGUAAGUAAGUGUCCUUGAAAAAUAAGUGUAAAAACGUUGAAGUCUGGGUUCCCUACUGAUUUAAGAUUUCUAGGAUUUGAACAUAGCCCAAGCUACUUUGCAUCAUAGAAAAAAAGAAUCAAGUAUACCAGUGGUAACAAUACAAUAGGAAACACAGUAUAGACAGUAUUUAAUCUGUUGUUUAUCUUUUAUGAAGUUUAUUUUUUGCUUUCAUACACACACACACACACACACACACACACACACACACACACACACACAGUGCAUGCUGAUUACUAUCUCCCUCACCCUUCAGUGUAUUUCUGACCACCUUUCUGAGGGUAUCCCAGCAUCCCCUUCACAUGAGCAGACUGUUAUAAGUGAGACUAAGACCCAUAUAGGGUAGCACUGACUUAACAGGGAGAUUUGACUUGAUUCCUCUCCUCAGUUCCAACUAGGUGCAGGUUGGUGAGCAUUCGUGAUGAGAGCUGUAUUUUUGGUUCUCUCAUUAAAUCCAGUCAUUGACCAAGUUUUAUAAGCACACAAAUGGUUUUUGGUAAAGCGCUGGCUUCCCUUGGGCAAAGAGGUAGAAAUAAUACUUAGACUUUGUAAAGAAUGGUAAAAUUUUAAACCUCCCAUUUAAUUCGAUUAAUGUGUUUGGAACUUACAUGCUCAUAAAGAGGCAGAGGAAGUUCUGUGAGGAUUAAUGUUCUCUGAGUUUGGUGUUGAUGCUUUUUGUUGUUGCUUGUGGUGUGUGCUAUUGGGUGAGGGCAGGUAGGGUUUUCAGGAAUCUGGACUAGACUUUGAAAUUGACCGUGGAUAUAUAUUUUUUCCUCAGUACAUUUUAACUGAGUCUCAUCAGGUUUAGCAGUCAAGAAAAAUCAAUAUGCCAUUAGUUCUUGUGUUGUUGGGGUCACUUGCUACCGCACCCACCUUCCACCCCGUCUCGUCAUUCUUUAAUUGUCGUCUUAAAUGUUUGAUUUAAAGCCACCUGAUGGUAAACACAUAACCAUGGUCAAGAAGAGCAGUUGUCUUAAAAUCUUUAGAACAUUCUAAUACGCACAGUAAUGCUUGUUGAAAGGCACUUGGUGCCGAAGCUGGCCAGGGCACAGUCCUAAGAAACCUGACUGUGAAGGGAAAGGGGGAAGUGGAGAGGUGAAGUGAGCUGCAGCAGAGGGCAGGUGGGAAGGCAGAAGUUCUCAAACAGGGUGGAAAGAAAAGCUGUCCUCCUUUUCUUUCAUUCUGGUUUUUGGUUUUGUUUUCAGAAUGGCUUUAAUUUAAAUAAUUGUGUAGAUAUCUUUCAUCUGCACAUGAGUCAACAGUUUAUUGUCUUAUUUUGAAUGUCAGAUGGAUCUUCUUUGUAACAUCUAAUUCUCUCUAAAAACCACUUUCCGUCUGUUUUAUGGCAGCACUGGGUUGAUUAUAAAGUACUGUGACGUUAAGCACCGUUUCCUCAGUGAACUUGGGUUGGAGCUAAAGCUUCAGUUCCAGAGGAAGUAUCUAACACUUGGAAUUUAAGUUGGUACCUCUAAAGUGCGUAUUCAGUCUUUCCUCAAGGGUGCCGUUAAUAAAGUAAGACUUACUGAAAAAAAAUGUAAAAGAUUGAGAGUGUUCAAAUUCAGAAUCUCUGCAUUCAGUGCAGUUGAGCCUCAAUAUAAAACAUCUGGAUACGCUGACAAGAACAGACAGAUGCAAUGAUGAAAGAUGUAUGAAGCUUAAGUAACAUACCACAGUAUUGUGUUAACUUAAGCUAAUAAACAACCUCUCCCUUUUGUUCUUCUGUGUGGGUUUUGUUGUUGUUGAUUUUGUUUGUUUUGGUUUGGUUUGUUUUGUUUUUUUCGGGGCCAACAUCUGAAAACUAACCUUGCUUAUAAAGAAGGUUAAAACUGAGUGGUAGACUAGCUCUUGGUUUUCCGUAGGCAUGAGGAUGUUACUGGGCUAGACAUCCACGUUCAAGCCGGGCGUAGACGUGCUGUUCUGUCUUGAUGCAGAAAGCUGAUGGGGACUCAGGGUGUGGAUGCUGACCGGGCUGUUCUCU